AUGGAAAAUUCUGUGUUCAACAACAAAUCACAAGUUCACCACAGUUCAUCUUCCUCCUCCUAUUCCUGCUCUUCUCAGAGGGAUGUCCGCUACAGUUGUGGCACUUGCGGGUAUGAGCUUAACCUAUCCUCCUCUAACCGGAACAUAUCAUCCAUCGGUUCAAAAUAUGAGAAAUCCAUAAAGCGAGGCAUUAUAUCAUUCUCCAACGUUGAUGACAGCAGAUUCACUCAUGCUGAUGAAAUUGAAUGUGCCCCAUUUUUUUCUAAGCAAUUGUGGUGUUUGUUCAGCCGAAAAACCAAGCUUCUCUGUCGCAAGUGUUGCAACCAUGUUGGAUAUGCCUACAAUCAUCACACUCCAUCGUCUUUGCCCCUCGUUUCCAACGGAACAGAACCAUCACCAGCCACCCACGCAUCAACUCCAAUCAAAUAUGACAUUCGCAUUCGUGCUUUACAGCCUUCAUCUCAAGAAUAUGGAAUCACUGUGUCAGCUUAA